ACUCUCAUUCGGAUCCUGAGAGUCCUGGUUCCAGUGUGAAGACUCUGUUCAGUCAGGACUCAGAAACUUAAAUGAUUGAUUAUUUCCAUUAUAGAUUCAUGGUACCACUUUACUAUAAGACUACCCUUAUAAAGGAUUUAUAAAUGGUUUAUAAUCAGGUUAUUAAUAUUGUUGUUAACACUUUAUAAAUCAUAAACAAACAAUUAUAAACAAGUUACAACAGUCUUCUCAGCUGACGCUUCCUACUUAUUAAUCUAAUGAGCUAUUACCAUUUCUAACUGGUAACAGGAGCCUCUUAGUAACUCAUUAAUUAACAAUGAUGUGUUUCUAAAUGUUAAUAACUGAUCAAUCAAUGGUUGUAAACUGAGACGAAGAUGAUGAAGGGAGAAUCACAGAGAUGUGGACAGAGACUGAGCAGUUCACCAGGUAAAGGAAGGUCACACCUGAGUCACACCUGAGUGUUAAAGCCGAAGAAGAGGAACCAGCAGAAAUCACCUCCAUGUUCAUAUCUGAUCAACAGCUCAAGCUCAAGCUGGUUUCCUCAUCAUGCUGACCCCCCGGAAGUUGUGUCUGACAACACGAAGUCAAGUCGUCAUCCUGGGACAGUGUGAUGUCACUAACCCCACCCAUCAGUGGGCAUGGACAGGUGGGGCCAGGCUGAUCCACACUCAGUCCUCCAAGUGUCUCUGGGCCAAUCCCAGCCCUCACCUGCCGCUCCACAACCGCCUCGCCAAACUCAGCGACUGCAGCACGGCGCCGGCGUGGAGCUGCUACGAUGCCGAGGGAGCCCUCGGAUUGGCUGAGACACACAUGUACCUGAAGAAACUGGGGCCAUGGGUGGUGGUUGGAGGAAACCUGAAGACUUCAGAGUGGAGGAAGUACAAGGUGGACUCAGGAGGGAAUCAGCUGAUGACGUCUUUAUGCUCCAAGACAGACUCCGCCCCCCCGUCCACCAUCUUUUAUUCAUCCACCCAUAAUCCUGUGGGGCUCAGCAGCACCGUCCACACCAUCAGGAGUCCUGCAGUGACUGAUGACGAGUCACCUCACAGAGUCAGCCGGCAGGUGACCACCUUACAGCUCCGCCCCUCCCACUCUAACACCGCUGCAGUGGAUCUGGACCACGUCACCAGACAUCAGACCAACACGGACCCUGACGUCUCCAGCUCAGUCUCUAACACCGCUGCAGUGGAUCUGGACCAUGUCACCAGACAUCAGACCAACACGGACCCUGACGUCUCCAGCUCAGUCUCUAACACCGCUGCAGUGGAUCUGGACCAUGUCACCAGCUCAGUCACUGAGCUGUCGGCUUUAAACCGGACCCACUCGGUCUCAUCCAAUCCGGCUGAGUCCGCCACCGACACAGCAGAAAGUCCAUCAGGUACCAACGUCCCUGAACUCAGGACUGAGUCCAGGACCUCAUCAGUGCAACAACAAGUCUCCGCAGAGUCCUCAGAGUCCACGUCUUUACCUGGAAGUGAAUGGACUGUGACCACCGCUGAGACUCUGAUCUCAUCUGGUGUCUCCUUCACCUCUAAGGACUUGACUGAUUCUGGUUCAUCAAACCACCAUGAGACAACCACUGAGAAUUCCACCUCCACAGCUGCACCUCCACCUGCCACAGCUCCUUCACCUACAGCAACAGGACAGACAUCCAUCAUGGAGACAGAUCCAGCACCUACCACCUCCCAGACUCCACCCGCCACCUCCCAGACUCCACCCACCACCACCCAGACUCCACUCGCCACCUCCCAGACUCCACCCGCCACCACCCAGACUCCACCCGCCACCACCCAGACUCCACUCGCCACCUCCCAGACUCCACCCGCCACCACCCAGACUCCACCCGCCACCACCCAGACUCCACCCGCCACCACCCAGACUCCACCCGCCACCACCCAGACUCCACUCGCCACCUCCCAGACUCCACCCACCACCUCCCAGACUCCACCUGCCACCACCCAGACUCCACCCGCCACCACCCAGACUCCACCCACCACCUCCCAGACUCCACACACCACCACCCAGACUCCACACACCACCUCCCAGACUCCACACACCACCUCCCAGACUCCACCCGCCACCUCCCAGACUCCACACACCACACACCAGUUUCCACCCAUCACCUCCCAGACUCCACCCGCCACCUCCCAGACUCCACACACCACACACCAGUUUCCACCCAUCACCUCCCAGACUCCACCCACCACACACCAGAUUCCACCCAUCGCCUCCCAGACCCCACCCACCACACACCAGAAUCCACCCACCGCCACCCAGACUCCACCCACCACCUCCCAGACUCCACCCACCACCUCACAGACUCCUCCCACACUCACCUGGACACUGCAGACAGACACCUCAGUGAACACCGCUACUCCAACUGCUCAAUCCACGUCUCCAACAGCCAGGGCAUCAACGGUCCCGCCCACCAGUCCGACCAAUACACCUACAACCACAACCAGGAGCACUACAACCAUGACGACCACCAUCCAAACCACAGCGGGUUCAACCACGCCUGCAGCUACAACAACAGUGACGACAGCUACACCUCCGACCACAACUUCAGGAGUCACAGCUACACCUGUGCUGACCUCCACAGUUUCCCGCUGCUCUGUGAACGUGACGGGGGUCAGCUCCGGUUUGGACUCGGCUGUAGUGACGUUGACCUCCGGCGGCCCGUCCUGUAACUUCAGUCUGGUUCCUGAGGACUCUGAGUCCACCGACUGUGACCCACAUGGAGAGACCGGGACCAGCUUCAUCUGUCGGGUCGGGGGUCUGGAACCCGGGACUUUGUACCGGUUCACUGUGAUUUCCAGGACGGAUGGAGAGAGGAGCAGCGUGUCGGUGCGUACAGACCCUGUUGGUCCAGCUCAUGUGGAGGUCCAGCUGGACCAGGUUCAGUCUCAAUAUAAAACUCUAUCUGCAGUCAACACUGAUUCUUCGGGUUUGAGGGUGUUCUGGUCUCGCUCUGCCGGUCAUGUGGACUGGUAUGAUCUGAGUCUGGAGGACACCAGCUCCGGAUCCACCCGCAGUACUAGUGUCAUGGGAUCUGCAGCCCCCGAGUUUAGGUUCAGCUCCCUGGUCCCUGGCACUCUGUACACAGUUAGCGUUGUGGCUAUAGCCGGGAACAGGAGUGCUGCACCUGUCCACACCACGGCAACUACAGCUCCCUCCUCUGUCAGUGGCCUCCAGGUGGCGUCCUUGUCCUCACGCAGCCUAAGUGUCUCCUGGCAGGGGGGUCUGGGCAGAACCGAGCGGUUCAGGCUUCUGCUGACGGACCAGGACAGGGUUCUGUUGAAGAACAUCACUCUGAAAAACACAGAGACCUCCGCCAAGCUGGACGACCUACAGCCAGGGACCCCCUACACUGUCACCGUGAUAACAGAGGCAGUGGGCCUGCAGAGCUCCACCUCCAAACAGGCUGUCACAGUCCCAGCAGAGCUCUCAGGGCUGAGGCUGGACAACAAUGGCAGCUCACACAGUCUGCUGGCCUCCUGGGCCUCACCUGAGGGGGGCGUGGACCGGUACCUGGUCACCCUGUCGGCUCUCGGAUCGACCCUCCAGCAACAUAUCCUGCCUCCCAAUGUCACCCAGGUGGUCUUUGAGGGUCUGGCCCCCGGUCGCAGCUACCAGCUGUCAGUCCGGACCACAGCUGGAGGACAGAGUACAGAGACCAGGACCAGCGGGAGGACAGUGCCUGACCGGGUGGCGGCUCUCUCCUUGUCUCCUCUUGCUGAUGGCGUGACCCUGAGGCUCAGGUGGACGCAGCCCACAGGUGACUGGGAGAACUACGGCAUCCUGCUGAGGACGGACUCAGCAGUCCUGGUGAAUCGGACUGUGGACAGACUGAGCAGACAGCUGUCCUUCUCCGCCCUCAGGCUCGGCCUGGUGCCGGGACGCCGCUACACCGCAGAGGUCACGGUGAACAGCGGCAUUCUGGGGAACACAGCGUACUGCCAUGGACGACUUGCUCCUCGCCCUGUGCAGCAGCUGCUCGUCCGUCACGCCGAUGACUCCUCUGUGAGCGUCCUGUGGAGUCACCCAGACGGCGAGUGGGAGGGCUUCACAGCGUUCCUCAGACCUGCGGACACCGACACUGUGGUGGCUCAGAGGCUCCUCCCCUCAGAGUCCAGAGACUGCACCUUCAAUGUCCUCACCUCAGGACGCCGCUACGCCAUCACCGUGACAACCAACAGCGGGAACCUGAGCAGCUCUGCCUCUGUGAUGGCGUGGACCAGUCCGGCUCAGGUCGGCAUGCUGCAGGUUUCUAACCUCGGCACCACUGACAGUCUGCGGGCUCAGUGGCGCCGAGCCUCUGGGGAUCUGGACUCGUACGAGGUCUUACUGGUCCACGACAGCAGCGUCAUCAAGAACGAAAGUGUGGAGGCCAACGCCAUCAGUGUCGGCUUCCACGCCCUGAGAGCCGGAGCUCUGUACAGGGUGGUGUUAACCACGGUCAGAGCCGGACACACCUCCAGACAGGUGGUGGCAGAGGGACGCACCGUCCCUGCAGCCGUGGGCGAGGUGACAGUCAGUAACAACGGUCGUAUGGACUUCCUCAGUGUGUCGUGGCGUCCGGCUGCAGGUGAGGUGGACAGUUACCUGGUGACUCUGAGCGACCGGGAGAAGACGGUUCACACUCUGGCUGUUUCUAAGUCCAGUCCAGAGUGUGUCUUUAACUCCUUGGUGUCCGGACGCCUCUACAACAUCUCCAUCACAUCCCGCAGCGGCAGCUACCACAACCACACCUUCGUCCAGGAGAGAACACAGCCGUCAAAGGUCCACAACCCGACAGCGACCCACGCUGCCCGGGAUGACUACCUGAAGGUCUACUGGCGUCACGCUGCUGGAGACUUUGACCUGUACCAGGUGUUCAUCAAACACAACAACAUGUUCCUGCAGAACCAGACAGUGCUGAAGACGCAAAACGAGUGUGUGUUUAACGGCCUGGUGCCAGGAAGACUCUACACGGUGCUGGUGAACACGCAGAGCGGGAAAUAUGAAGCCAGCGCCUCCACCCACGGCAGGACCCUCCCAUCAGCGGUCCGGUUCCUGGUCCUGGCCAGGCAGGGGACCGAGGACCUGAGGGUGACAUGGUCCGCCGCUCUGGGUGACGUGGAUCACUACGAGGUGCAGCUGUUGUUCAACGACAUGAAGGUGUUCCCUCCCAUCACUCUGGGCAGUGGCGUUGGGGAGUGUGUGCUGUCCUCGCUCACACCUGGACGCCUCUACAAGAUCCUGGUUUCAACCUUCAGCGGCCCCAACCAGAGAGCCCAGUUUAUAGAGGGCCGCACAGUUCCCAGCAGAGUGAAGAACAUCCAUGUCAGUAACAGUGGAGAUAGCAGCAGUCUGAAGGUGAGCUGGACUCCGGGUCAGGGAGACGUGGACGGGUUCUCUGUGUUUCUGUUCAGACAGAGCAGACAGCUGGAUGUCCGCCGCGUCCUCAAACACCAGAACGAGGUGACGUUCGGAUCCCUGCAGCCCGGACAGGUGUACACUGUGACCGUCCAGUCUGUGAGCGGAGAGCUGGUCAACAACAACACUGCCUCAGGACGCACAGUCCCCUCAGCAGUGACGGGGGUCCAGGUGGAGAACCUUCACACCACCUGCAGCCUCCAGGUGAGCUGGCAGGAAGCUCUGGGUGUGGCUGACGGGUACGUCCUGCAGGUUCUGGACAGCAGAGGUGGUCUGGUGACAAACUCCUCCCAGCUCUCUGGACACACCAGCUACAGAUUCGACGGCCUCACCCCGGGAAAGAAGUACCGAGUCCUAGUCCAGACCACCAGCGGGGGGGUCCACAGCCCGGGGGUCAACGCAGAGGCUCGGACACGCCCUGCAGCUGUCACCGACCUGGCCGUGAAGAUCAACACCACCAAUAGCCUGUCCUUCCUCUGGUCUCCACCAGAGGGCGAGUUCGAGCUCUACGAGAUCUUCUUGUAUAAAAGUGAUGAAUCGCUGCAGGAGAGACAGCAAGCCCAGUCCAGCAGUCAGCAAGUCUCCUUCCAGGGUCUCAGACCUGGUGCCCUCUACAGGAUGGUCAUCCUGACCCACAGCGGAGACCAGACCAACCAGACCUCCAUCUUGGCCAGGACAGUCCCAGCAGCCGUGAUCUCUCUGAGGGCUAACAGUGGAAACCAAUCUGAGUCUCUGUGCGUGACCUGGGGGCGUGGCCUCGGUGAUGUCAGUGGUUUCAUGUUGUCUCUCUACAAACCUGACGACUCCAAACAGGCCGAGCAGCAGCUGGACUCAGAGGCCUUUGAGUUCGUCUUCUCAGACCUGGUCCCGGGUCGACUAUACCGAGCUGAGGUCCUGAGUCUGAGCGGAGAGCUCAGCAACAGAGCCAUCACCCUGGGCCGGACCGCUCCCAGACCUCCAACCUCCUUCCUGUUCAGGGGGGUCACCAACACCUCCCUGGAGAUCACAUGGAGUGGUCCUGUGAGCUCCGACUAUGACAGCUUCGACCUGCAGUGGACUCCUGUAGACCGCCUGUCCGUCAUCAACCCGUAUCACAGCCGGACAUCCGGCAGCCGCAUCCUGGCUGGGAUGUUCCCUGGACGACUCUACACCUUCAGCCUCCGAACCGUCAGCGGGGACAUGGAGGCCGGGGCCACACCCACGUACAGCACAGCCAUCCACAGCAGCAUCCGAACCAAGCCGGGGCGAGUCCAUGGCCUCCACUGUCGCCCUCAGAGCUCCAACUCCAUCUCCUGCUCGUGGGGGCCUCCGGUGGCCGACUACGACUCCUACACCGUCGAGUGUCUCCUCCAGGACUCCCAGACGCUGGUUUACUCCAGACGCACCAGCGGAAAUGCCACCACCUACGUCAUCACCCAGUUGGAGCCCCACAAACGCUACACGGUCUCUGUGAAGGUGAUCUCAGACCAGACGACCAGCGACGCGGCUCAGGACGACGUGGUCACCAUGAUUGACCGUCCUCCUGUCCCCCCCCUCAGUACCCGGGUCAGUGAUAAGGCCGCUGUGGUUACCAAGUCCUCCAUCAUCUUCAGGUUCAACUGCAGCUGGUUCAGUGAUGUCAAUGGAGCCGUCAGGUUCUUCACUGUGGUGGUGACCGAGUCCGAAGGUGUUGACAAUGUGCAGCCGGACCAGCAGCACCCUCUGCCCUCCUACCUGGACUAUAAGUCCAACAGCUCCAUCAAGUCCUACCAAACCAGAUACUUCCACAGUAACUGCAGCGAGGGGCCCCACAGCUUUGAGAUCAACGUGGGGACGGGGAUGGAGUCACUUGGAGGGACCUGCAACCACAGAAACACAGAUCCAGAGACCAGCAGAGACCUGAACCAGUUCUGUGAUGGACCACUGAAACCUAAAACUGCCUACAGACUCAGUGUUCGAGCUUUCACUCAGCUGUUUGACGAGGAGAGAAGCGACUUCACCAUGUCCUACCCUCUGUACACCGACACAUACCUGUCCCUCCCUGUGGUCACCGAGGCCGAACCUCUGGGCGGCGUGAUCGAGGGCGUCAGUGCUGGGCUGUUCCUCAUCAUCAUGAUGGUGGGGGUCACCGCUCUGCUCGUCUGCAGACACCGAGCUCGCAAAGUUGUUGAGGAGAGAGCGGGAGUCAGGAUGAGUGUGAGGAGAGAGAGAGCGACAUCAGGAAGUCACCUGGGAAUCAGAGGAAACCGUCGUAUCUCCAGUCCCAUCAAGAUCCUGAACUUUGAGUCUCACUACAUCAAACUCCAGGCAGACUCCAACUACCUGCUGUCAGAGGAGUACGAGGAUCUGAAGGACGUUGGCCGUAAUCAGCCUCUGGACUCGGCUCUGCUGCCAGAGAACCGUGGGAAGAACCGGUACAACAACAUCCUUCCCUACGACUCCACCAGGGUGAAGCUGUCCUACGUAGACGAUGAUCCUUGCUCCGACUACAUCAAUGCCAGCUACAUCCCUGGGAAUAACUUCCGGCGGGAGUACAUCGCCACUCAGGGCCCUCUGCCGGGAACCAAAGACGACUUCUGGAAGAUGGUUUGGGAACAGAACGUCCACAACGUGGUGAUGGUCACUCAGUGUGUGGAGAAAGGAAGGGUGAAGUGUGAUCACUACUGGCCCUUUGACCAGGAUCCUCUGUACUACGGAGACCUGAUCGUCCAGAUGUUGUCGGAGUCCGUCCUACCUGAGUGGACCAUCCGAGAGUUCAACAUCUGCAGCGAGGAGCAGCUGAGCUUCACCCGCCUGGUCCGUCAGUUUCACUACACGGUGUGGCCUGAUCACGGAGUCCCAGAGACCACCCACUCCCUCAUCCAGUUUGUCCGGACUGUCAGGGACUACGUCAACAGGACUCCUGGAUCUGGACCCACCGUCGUCCACUGCAGUGCUGGUGUGGGUCGUACAGGGACCUUCAUCGUUCUGGAUCGAGUGCUGCAGCAGCUGGACUCCAAGGACACGCUGGAUAUCUACGGCUCCGUGUUUGACCUGAGACUCCACCGAUCACACAUGGUGCAGACUGAGUGUCAGUACUCGUACCUCCAUCAGUGCGUCAGAGACGUUCUAAGAGCCAGGAAGCUUCGCAGCGAGCAGGAGAACCUCCUCUGCCCCGUCUAUGAGAACGUGAACCACAGAGAGAUGCUGAGUUCCAGACGUUAAUGUUUUUCUGAGACGCAGCAAAUCUAUUUUUCUACCACUGUUUAUAUUAGAGAGAAACUUUAUGAUUAUUUAUGUAACACACCUGUACAUACACCUGUGUCAUACUGUGUCUGUAUAUAUCCUGCAACAGAUGUUUUUUAUAAGAGAUAAUGUUUCAAGCCUACAAGGCACAUGACCAGAAGAGUCAGGUGAGUCAGAGGAGUCAGGUGAGUUAGGUGAGUCAGGGGUCCAGAGUCUGAUCCUCUGUAUGAAGCUGUGGUCUGAUUCAGGACAGUGAGCUGGUGUCUGUGUCUUUAAGUUUAUUUGUGCAGCAGCUUUCAACGAACUACACCUAAACUACACCAACUACACCUAAACUACACCCUCUACACCUAUUCUAGCCCUGAGAGGUGUCUGCAGGUUUCCCUCUCAGGCUGCAUACCUCCAGCAAUAAGACAGAGCAGUAGAUAUUCUAUUGAACCAGUAGUUGAAUGAUCAGUUAAUACAAACAGAGCAGUAGAUACAGUAUUUAUUUUAUUGAUCCAGUAGUUGAUUGUUCAGUAAAUAGAAACACCUGAAUGAAAACAGCUGAGUGAUAACAGGCAGGUAACACAACAGACACUAAUGAUGAGCAGGUGAGACAGGAUGUUCAUCAGUCUGUUCAGGCCUCAGUGUGUUGAUGUCAGGUUGUUGUGUAUCUGUCGUUGUGUAUCAACAUGUGUUUGUAUGUAAGAUAUUAUUAUAAUGUGUAACAUGUAUUUUUACUUCAAUUCAUUAAACAGCUGAGACCAUGUAGAAA